GUCAAACGUCCAAAUUAAGUUAAGUAAUGACAGUUUGAUUUUGAAUCGUAAAUCAGCAGUCGAUCAAAAUUUCGAAAUAUAUUCUUAGUGAUUUUCUUGUGGGUAUUAGCUAAAAUUUCGUGUAUACUUUAGCCAUGACAGGAUUAGAAGACGAUGAUAUCAGUGAGAUAGAAUUGGAAAAAAGCGAGUAUGCGAAUAAGCGGAAUGAGCUGAUGCAAAAUUCUCAGCCAUGACCAACUAGGGUUUCGCAAGAGAAAAAACCAAGACCAAGACUGCAUUUUUUGCAAGAUCAAUAAAAAGACUUGACCCGCAACACCAGGACCAAGACUAAGAGUGAGCGAUCUUGCAAAGACUACUCGCCCAAAAUAUUGACAUCUGAUAAUUUGUAAAUUGAAUUUGUUGAAUGCUUCUAGAAAGUGAAGAUUCAAAAGGUCAAGCGAACAUUAUGGCUGUUUCUUGGAGGCAAGACCAAAACCAAGACAAUGUUAUAAGACCAAGACCAUUCAAGUCUUGUUCUUGGCAUUGUGAAGUCUUAUGACUAACUACAAGCAACGUUGUUUCAUGCCAUUUAGGAAUCAGCAGUACGAUAUAGGUUAAAUCUGGAGGAUGGAGAAGACACAAACGGAAAGCAAAGAAGCAGAUUCAGUCCACUGAAAAACUGAGCGUAAUACUACUUACGUACCAUCCUUGUCAGAUGCGACACGCGUACUAGGUAAACCGUUGGCGAAUCUUGUGUUCAACCAAUGUCAGUCUGCGCUGAGGGUUAAUUUUGGAUUAGAGUCUCCUUUACAAGGACCUAAAGGAGACAUGUGGGUUGCACCAAGUGAUCUGUUGAUCGGAAAGGUGGCUCUGACUCCUCCACUCACCAGAAAACACAUUCAGGCGCUUACACAUGAAGGCAUCAUGGCAAUUGGCCAUGGGAUCGAACAGAAAUUCAUAAACGAAAUGGAGGACGAAAAGGCCAUAGCGCUAGCUCACCAAAGAAGAAUCUUGUUGGAAUCUUUUGACGACAUAGUCAGGGCUGAAGUUAAAGAUGCUGAACAAAGAGAAAAAGCGGCGGCUAGAAGGGAGAUUGAAAGGUUAACUCAGGACUUCGAGAAUACACUCGUGUUGUCUCUGAAUAAUUUGGAAGACAAUUUAAGGCAUGAGUACCAAACUCUGAUCCAGACCCAGGAGGAGGAAGAGGCGCAAAGGUGGAUGAAAAGAAUGGAAGAGGAGGUACAAAAAACGGUCGAGGAAAUGACUGCACAAUAUCUGGAAAAGAUGGCCAUUCAAGAAGAGGUGCUGUCCAAGUAUUUCAAACACGAGCUAUCAAAAGCCGAGAUUCAUCGUCAGUACGAUUUAGGGAAGCAAGAUGCCAAGUUCAGGUACCGUCUGAGGCAAUUGAAGCAUAAUCUCGAGUGUAAGAAUCUAGCCAACAUGAUGUACAUAAUAUGCAUGGAAAGACGCAAAUGUUAUGAAGAGAAGUUGAGGAUAGAGAAGUAUUAUGUGGCUGAGAUUUCUAAGCUCAAAGGCACUAUCGAGAGCAAGAAGUCGGUGAUCAAGAAGUUGAACAAAGAAAUGGUUGUUAAGAAACAGGAGGCGAGCCUUCGCGAAACAUGCAUUCUGGAAAUCAUUAAACAGUUCCAGAAGUUCAUAAACUUCGCUCUACGGGCCGCACCAACUCAAGCUGAGUUUUUACUUUCGGUAGAAAAAAUGAUGGUGUUCGAACUAGUGGACGCCAUGUUGAAAUCGAAGCUCUGUACUACACAACCACCUUGCUACACCCUACAACCUUGGAUGACCCCAGAAAGGUACCUUUCUGAAGCUGACAUCCCUGGAUUGAGCAUUGAGGAUUUCCAUGAUUGCCUGAAUGAACUUCCAUCUCCAAGAAAACCCAACGAGGGGGAGGACUCUUUGCCGUCGUUUACGUACAAGGAUCGGCUUUAUGUCAGGGAGGAUUUCAGGGACAUUAUUUUGAACGGUAUUGAACUGAAGCCCAGCGACGAACUUUGGAGUAAAGACGUGGAAAUCCUGAUGAGCGAGUUGAGACAGGUUGUAAAACCCAGCGAAUCGCAACGCCUUACAGGAAAGGGUUCUAAAGAUAGCGGCAGCAGUAGGCGAUCCUCCAUUCUGAGACGCAGUCACUUCGACUCAAGGGCCAACGUCAUGAUCGAAGACAAACAGUCGAUGGCUGAGACUCAACCAACUGGCCCCGAUGCAGAAGACCCAGCGUUUGUUGCAAAGACAAUUCCAUGUCAAAAGGCUUCGCUGACAUUCAAGAAACCGGUCACGAACAAAAUCGACUUCCAGAAAAUUGGUUCUGUGGAACGAGAGCCUUACCUCCUAAGCACCAGGAGCUCGCUAGAGCUGAUACUCGAAAAGGGAUCCGUCAGACAGUUUACCAAAGACCAUGAGGAAGAAUCCGAACGUAUUAGAAUCGAUAAAGAUAUUACUCGCCACUCUCCUCCAUUUACGUCGAUCACAUCUCAGACCAACAAUUCUCUGGUGUAUAAAAACAAAGAAAGCCAAGUAGUGUAUCUCUGAGAAGAUGUGAAAAAAAGUUGGUUGAGUAGCAAGGUCGCAUCUGGAUGAUUAUGUGUACAAAAUCAGUGAUACGAGUAUUCGCUAUAAGAUGAUCCAACUGCCUCCAGUGAAAUUGUACCAGUGGACAUGCUGGAGAUAAAAGAUAGUUUGGUACGCCACGAGGUGACGUUACUGAAGAAAAAGGAGGAAUGGAAAAUUGAGCCAAAAGAUUCAAUAGAAGUACAAAGAUAUUCUCAUGUAGAGUUGCGCAAAAAAUCUUCCAAACUUACUUCAGCGAGAAAUUCAGUCGAGAUGAUACGGGAGUCCAAGAUGAAGUUAAGGGAGCCUAUUCCAUGUCCUCAAAAAAUUUGCAGAGAUAAGGACAAGUCUGAUAAGAGAUCUGUGUCCAGCUGGUCGCUGAAAGAGUCUAUCUGCAUGCGUUGCGGUCUACAUCAAGCUAGUUCCAUGGAGUCAUCAGUGUCACGCAGUUGCAGGUCACCAAAGGAAAUGAGCAGGAGGGAGUCCAAUGGGCAAGACCAGAAGGACAUAUCUGCCGAACGUGGCUCUUCUGUUGUCAAACUCUCAUCUGUCAAGAUUAUCAGCUCAGCUGACUAUGACAGACAGCUGGGAGUAUCCUUUGAUUCGAAAGACGCUGUGCUAGAAAAUAAGAUAGAAGUCGAGCACUUGGAGAGAAUGUAUAAAGCGAAAAAGUCUUCAAAAACAGGUACAAAGAAGCGACCAAUAAAAGGCAAAUUCGUCGAAAAACUACCAACAGCAGAAGUGGUGGGCCAACAGAAUACCAAGCACCACUUGCAGGAUACUACAGAGUUCACUGCGGAACGGAUUCAUUCAUUCAUUGAACUCAUUAAAGAUCAUCCGAAUCUCUUGAGAACAUUUACAGCUGUUACCAGAUAAAAUAUGUGAUUCUAUUUCACACUGAAAUAAACAUUAACAAUAUUUUAUUCUCA